AUGGGCAAGGUCAAGUACAUCCUCCUCGACUGCGACAACACUCUCUGCUUGUCAGAGCGUCUCGCCUUCGAGGCUUGCACCGAUCUCACCAAUGAACUCCUCGAGAAGUACAACAUCUCCGAACGCUACACCGUCGAUGACCUCCUCGAAGCCUUCGUUGGCCAGAACUUCCGCGGCAUGAUGAAUGGACUGCAGAAGAAGCACAACUUCGAGAUGCCUGCAGACCAGCUUGAAGAAUACGUCGGCAAGGAGUUGGGUGCCGUCACUGCCAAACUCAAGGCCAAAUGCCAGCCGUGCCCUGGUGCACCUGAGGAGCUUGAGCGCUUGAAGCAGGCCGGCUAUCCCAUGUCUGUCGUCAGCACAUCAGCUAAACCCCGUGUCGUCGCCUCCCUCGAGAAGACCGGAAUCGACAAGUACUUCCCCAACGAGCACGUCUACAGCGCGGCCACUUCUCUUGACCCUCCUUCCAGCAAGCCCGAUCCAAAGAUCUACCUCUAUGCCUGCGAGCAACUCGGCGUCAAGCCAGAUGAGUGUGUUACUGUCGAGGACAGCAAGAGUGGUGCCACCGCCGCCAUGCGUGCCGGUAUUCCCUGCAUUGGCUAUGUCGGUGUCUACAAGUUGGAGGACGGCGAGGAGAAGAUGAAGCAGAUGGAGAAGACUCUCAGAGAGCAAUGCAACUGCGUCGAGAUCAUGUACGACUGGAAGGAGUUCCCAGAGCUCUUGAAGAAGGUCGAGGCUCGCUCCUAG